GUACUGGCAGUGGGUCUCUAUCGCAUGCACUCAUCAGAACCAUAGCUCCAACUGGACAUCUUCAUACAUUUGAGUUUCAUGAUCAGCGGGCAAAAGUUGCAGAAGAAGAAUUCACAAGGCAUGGAAUAUCUGAUAAUGUAACAGUAACACAUAGAGAUGUAUGCCAGGAUGGCUUUCAGUUGGACCAUAUUGCAGAUGCAGUGUUUCUAGAUCUACCUAAGCCAUGGGAAGUUAUUAAAAGUGCCAAACAAGCUCUUAAACUUGAAGGUGGAAGAUUGUGUUCUUUUUCUCCAUGUAUAGAACAGGUACAGAAAACUUGUGAAACAUUAACACAGCAUGGCUUUAUAGAAUUGAAAACAUUGGAAUGUCUCCUUAAAAACUAUGAUGUUAAAACAAUUAAUUUACCAAGAGCAGAUUUAGGUCCUGAAGAAGCUAUACCUGAAAAAGUUAAACCUGAAUCAUGUGAUAAUUCUAAAGGAGAAUCAGUCAAUGCAGGUCGUGUAGAAAAUAAGGACAAUGAAACAAGUGUAAAAGAUGACAAAGAUUUGGAUAAUAAAGAACUUGAAGACAGCAAGAGAGGCAAUAAAGAUGAUGAAGAGCAAGGAAAAUCAAAGAAACAAAAACUUGACGGAGAGAAGUCAGUGGAGAAUACAAGACAUAGCUGGGAUCUGAUAGGUUGUAAAGAUGAGCAAAGUUUCUUCUUUAAGGCUGCAACCCCACCAAUACAAAUGCCAGGUCAUACUGGAUUCCUUACUUUUGCUACACUCUAUCCAACUUGAUGAUGGUAGUAGUUUAUUUAAAGUUCCAUGAAAUAGUACCAUCAUGUUGUGUCAUAAAUAUUGCACAUGUAAUGCAAGCUAACAGAUAAUGUUGUAAGCUGUGUUAUACUUUUGAAGUUGAAAUGUUGUCAAUCCAGUAGAUAAUUUAUUAAGAAA